GCCAAGGGCGGUGCCACCCAUGCAGCAGCUCCCCUCGGGCCACGCCGACCGCCCCCCGCUACCCUUGCCUUCCCCUCGCCCUCGGCUAUGGUAACUGCGACCUCCUCUGUAAACAUGGGUCAUCUCGGCUUGGCAUGCGAGGGCGACGGCGUGGACCAGAUGCUGGAGGAACACCCGACCUACCUUGAGUGCUUCUCGAGGCUCCACCAUGAGAUCAUGGCUGGCGACGGACCCCUCCCCGAGCACUACCGACGCUACAUCGCCAUCAUGGCCGCGUGCCGCCACAACUGCAGCUACCUGGUGGAGGAGCAGCGGCAGGCCUUCCGUGAGUCCGGCGGGCCCGAGGAGUGGCUGAUGGGCCUCGAGUUCGCGCCCAAGAAGCUCCAGGAACUCCACCACACCAACCUCAUCCUCGCGCACCAGCCCUGGCUCUACGAUAUACACCAUGUCGAGAAGUUACUGAAGAGCUGCUGGUCGGUGGGCGAGCUGACGCAAGCCAUCUGUAUCUUGGCGCAGUUCCACGCCCUCUCCUCCUACGUCCAUGGCUGCGGGAUCGAGGUGUCGUCCGGGGAGGUCGCCGUGCAGCCGUCCUUCCUGCAGGCCUGCUCAUCGGGUUCCCCAAGCAGCGUGGAGCUCAGCGAGGGCGGGGUCGACGUCCUGGUGGAGCGGAUGAGGUCCAUUUCGCUCGUCCAGUCGGACUUCAACGGCAUCUCCGAGGAGCAGACCAGAGUCAGUUUUGAAAAGCUGAAAAAACAGGCUGCUAACAUAUCAAGUCCAAACGUGGACGGUACGGAAGUGUGCAAAUCUCGGUACAGCCACUUGUCCCCCAAUCCCGAAUUCAUGUAUGUUGACUUCCACAAGAGAGGAGAGAAGUCGCCUGUACCCACUAUCAAAUCGCAGGACUGUUCAUGGGAAGAACAUGGUUUCUCCCUUGUAAGUGAACUUUACAGUGAGGUAGCUGAUAUAUUAGACAACAAGUUCAAGACUGCAUAUAACAUGACUUAUUACACCUGUGGCCACAAGACACAUGUGGACACUUUCCUUUUCCGUCAGGCUGUGUGGAAUUAUCUUCACUGUUUAUAUGGCAUAAGACACGAUGACUAUGACUACAGCCAGAUCAAUCAGCUGUUGGAGAGGAACCUGAAGAUGUUCCUCAAGACUGUCACUUGCUUUCCCGAGAGAUUAUCUUCCUUAGAGGCGUCUCCUUUCAUCAUGAAGGGCUUCCUCAACAGUGAAAAGGUUCAUGUGAUGGUCCUGGUGCUGGAAGGUCGCUUGCAGGCAGAGCUACUCCAUGGCUUGCGAGCACUAGGCCACUAUCUAAUGUGAGCCCCAGGGAUGUGGAAGAAGCUGUGAUGUGACAAUGCCUUGGGGAAACUUUCUGGUUGCCUACCCAUGAGGGAAGUGAGAACCUGCAUCAGAGCAGUACCUUCAGUUUGGUGAAGGCACACUUAUAGCAAGUGUGAAGGGAAAAUUAUUGUUAUCUCAAAUUGUAUAGAACUAGUUGCAUAGCUACUAGUUGCUGGUCUUCUGCAUUUCGAUAGGGGAAAAGAAAUAGUCUCAUGUACCACAUUGGUAUUAUUGUCUGCAUUGAAAUAUGCACAGUAUGAAACUGAUAUUUGGAACUUUUUUUCUUUUAAAAUCAGCAGACACUGAAUCAGUUUACCAGAUUUUUUUUUAAUUAUUAUUUUUCAAAAUUGUUUAUUGAUCAGAUCUGGCAGGAGAGAUUAGUAGACUGCUGCAUAGCAAGACCAACAGGUAAAUUUGUCCCACUUUCCCUUUUACUGUGUCUUGUCAAAUCAAGAAGAACCUCAGCUGUUUCAGAGAUCUGCUGUUAUUUUGGAAAAUGUCUGUAUAUAAUUAUCUAUUUGGCAUCUUUUAGAUGGAUUUAACUUAGAUAUAUAUGAUAUCCUUUGCUAUGAGAUGUGAAUGUUGCAUAGUAUAAUGCAUAAUCCUGUGGCUUUGCAGUAUUGCUUGAAAGGACUGUAUUUACAUGCUUAUAAACCAUUGUGAUUCAUUGCUGUGGGAAGUUUUGUGGGCACAACUGAUACAUUUUUGCCCUUUAAAGUACGUGUCAAAUUUUGAAGCACCAGACUUUCUUUUGUAAAAAUCUUAUUUUCAUUUAGAGUUAUGAUUUAUCAAAGAACCUAAGAAAGUUGUUAAGAAGUUUUUUCAGUUGUUAUGAAAUUAACAAUAGAUGAUUUUUCAAACUAUAGAUCAGUUUAUCAAUGGUGACAUGAUAUUGUGGUGUUGUUAGUAGUCUACCAAGAGAUGUUUUAAAAAACGGAUAUUAUACAUAUUUACUGCUCAUGUAAUUUUGCAGAUGAUAAUUAUUGAUGUAGUUGAGUUCAGAUAAUGACUUUAGGUGCCCAAGGCAAUGUGCUACAUUGCAUGAAAAAGAGAAUGUUUCAUAACAAAUUUUUGAGAACGUAUUUCUUUAUUGAUAUACUUUCCUGUUAUGGAACAGUACAGUUACCAUUUUUUAUUUGUAUUGGUAAAGCAAUAACAACAAAAGUUGAUUAAGAAUUUUUUGCAUUUGAUUAUUUAAUAGCUAUUAUUCAUAAACAGUAUCUUACUCUAGCUAUAUGAUCUGUCAUAAGACUUUCAUGUGUUCCUCUUUUAAUGGUGUUAUUUGCUGAAUGAUCUUCACAAAGGUCCCUUGUCGUAGAAUAUUCUUAAGAGCAUAGUUUACUGAAUAGCUGCAUUUUAGGAAUGUGUAGCAAAAAACCAACAGUAUGAAGAACAACUAGAUUUUCUUCAUAAAGAUUGAAAAGACUAAAGCAAGUUUGAAUUAUAUUUUAGCUUAAAUUAACAGUAUAUAGAUAUUAUAGCAUUGCUAUAAUAUCUAUAUACCCUUAAUAUAAGCUUCUUAUUCUUUACCAUGCAAACUACUGUGUAGUAAUUUACAAUAAAUGAUUUGAUUGAAAGAUGAAAACCGUUUUGGGUAUUAGAUAUGGUAGUGUGUCAAAAGUGAACACGGACCUUCCUUUUGUUAUGAAAUGAAUGGUUUAUAAGCUGUAGACAUGGUAUUUACAGAAGACUAGAACCAGUCUUCAGGGUUUCUUAGAGCAGAAGCCUGAACUACAAGUUAUUGUUGCAUUCUUGAGAAUAUUGAUAAUUGAAUCAACUCCUCAAGAGUAUUUUUCCUUUUUUUUUUUUUUCUUUUUCUUCAACAUAUAAUGUAAUUUGUACAUAUUUCUGCUGUAGAUAGAAUAUUGGCUACUGUCAAGUUUUAAGUCUUACCAAGUGCAUUCUCAGCAAAAGAAGAAUAUAACUGAAAACUGCCUUCCAUUCAAGUGAAUAUAAUUAUUUUAUGCUGUGAGUAUAUUAGAUGCACUGCUGUUGUAAAUCAGUAUGUAUAUAAACAUAUAUGUAUUAUUAAAUAUUGUUAAAGUAUGUUGAAUAUAAGAUCUGACUACACAAUGGCUGAAAGAGAUGAAAAAUAGUCUCAUUUAUUAUAUAGAAUGGUUAUUCUGAUUUUUCUAUGCCUUCACUAUAUAGGCAUUGUUCAGAUUAUGGCAAGGACAUCAGUGUUGAUUUGAAUAGGUCCCAUGCUGUGAUCUGAUCUUUCCAAAUAGGCAUGGAAAUAGAGCACAGAAAAAGAAACUUUUUUGUCAUGAUGUAUGUGAAUAAUGAAAUUUAGGAGAGAAGUCAUUAUUAAAAAUGAGUUUUUAUUUUUCUUGUGUUAUUUGGCUUGCUAUGAAGAUAAAGUUGUUCAGGUAUACCAGACUAAUAUAUCUGAUUACUGAGCAAUGUUUACACAUAGCUUAGAACAUACUUUUGCUGGGUAAGUGAAGGAUUUUAUAAAGAAAUUUUGUAAGGGAAAGUCAUUCCCUGUUACAGUCUGUUUGUUUCUUCACUUUGUUUUACAUCAAAACAUCAUGAAAUGGGAUGAAUAGAAAAAAGUUGUUUUCUUUAGUUUAUUUUUUUCACUUAGUAAGCAGCUGAUAUAAGUGCUUCUAAGUACCAUUUUUGUUUCAGAUUAGUGAGCUUUUUCAGCCUUGUGAUGAAUAAUGGUAGUAUGGUUUGUUUAAUAUCUCCAAUCUUUACUUCUAGGUAGUUAGUUGUAAGUCUUCUAUUCGACGUUAUGUUAAUUAAACCAAUCAGUUUUAUUGCUCAAAGAUGACGGUGACCGCCUGGUAGUUUAUAUACCACCCACCCCCAACCCCUGCCAAAAAAUAUACAAAUAAAAAUAUCUCCAUUUGCCAGUCAUGGUGCUUAUAAGUGAACAUAGGUUUGUGUUGAGUAUCUUUAGGUUCAUGUUCAUGUUGUGAGGUAGAAUGCUUGGGAUUUGAUAUGCCCCCCUGAUUCCUACUAUAGUGUGUGAUAAGAUUUGUGUAUAGUUUUAAACAAUUUUUUUCAUCAUCUUGUCAGUGUCUGAAUAUGUAUCUGGUUAAAGUGGUUUUAUCUUUUAAAAGGUAUUAUUUUUGUUGUUUUCAUCAUUAUUAUUUUGUAGUUUAACAAGUAAAAUUGAAUGUCAUAAUUAUGAUUGUUCUUUGUUAAGAAUCAAAGUUUUUUUCUUCUUCUUCAAAGCAGGGUAGGAUAGUGAAAAUAUAUAUUGAAAAAAAAUAUAUAGAUAUACUUUAUUUCAUUUCAUUUUCUUAGGGGACUUCAUGUAUCAUUUUCUACAUUUUUGCAUUUGUCAAAAUUUCACUUUCACUUAUACAUUUUUUCAUGUGUUUUACCAAGUUACCAACUUACAUAAGCUCUCUAUGAAAAACUCUGUGAAGUUUUUUUCAUGUUUUUUUCUUGAUUCUUCUUAUUCAUAUUGAUAACUCCAAAAGACCACUGGCUCAAAAUUCCUUCUGUGCUAUGAUUGUCUGUAAGGAUGCAUGUGUGUAUGCUUGUAUCUUAAUUUUUAAGGUUACCAAUGUCUUCUUAUAUUUUGGUUUAGAGAUGCGAGGGGAUAAUUUAGCUUCGUGUAGGCUGUGAUACCACUGUUGUUUUGUCACAUCCUUUGGGUUUUGUUGGAUAUUUUUGAUGAAUUGAAACGUGAAAGAGAUAUUGGUAAUUCAGAUCAUUUGGUUUCAUCUGCGGGUUGUUCUGGUGUCCUCAGGGUGAUGCUCCAUUACCAGUCAUGUUCACUUGGAUGUCUUGUUAUCAUUUGUCCUUGUGUUGCUCAAACAUUUUCCUUUUUUCUGUUGCAAAUGGUUGUAUUUAUAAUUUCUAAGAUUUGAAUAGAGCUCAGACAGUGUGAUGUUUUCCUAAAUAGAUUGUCAUUAUCAUCUAUUCCAGAAAAGGAUAGAUACAGAAGAAUUCGAAACUAAAUGUUUGUAUACAACUUGUUCAGUGAUUGGAGUAGUGCUGUACUAUGUACUUGUUUGAUGUUUGACUGAGUGUAUAGUGAAAGGGGUAAUAUGCUGAACUUCCCAUGUUCCCUAAUUAGUGAAUAUGUAAUUCUCUCACAAUGCUGUAGAACAAUAUGCUUGUUUUAUUCUGAAAUAAAUGACAAGGUCUGAGCUUUACAUAACCUCUGCCAACUAAGCCAUCUCAUCCUUUGCAUUUGUAAAAGAUUAUUGCUUCAUAAUCAGUUUCUGAAAUUUGGGGAACAUAUUAGUUUCUCUCUUAAUUUUUAUUUAAAAAUUCUUAAUAGGAAUAUACUGCUUCUGCAAUGUGCAGUGGACUACUAUCUUUUCUACUAUUUCUCUUGUGCUACAAAGAGAACUAGACAGCUAUUUCAACACUUGAUAUACUAUGACUAUCAAUGAUACUGCCACAUUGACUGAUGAGAAUAAUCAUAUUAAUAAUAAUAAUUUUAUUUAAUUUUUUUGUUGAUAUUAUUCAUAUUAAUUUUUUUUCCUAUUGCUAUUAUUUUUGUAAUUAGUUAUAAAAUGUAUGAACUGUUUUUUUAUUUCCAUUCUUAUUAUUGUUCUUAUACUGCUUAGCUACUACUCAUUAUUAUCAUAACUACUACUGAUCAUUUAAAAAAUCCUAAGAUCCAUCAAAAUUGUUUGGGAUUGUAAGAGUACUAGAUUGCUGAGAAUAAUUGUGCCCCAAGGAGUAGAAGUACUUAAUGUUGAAUCGAAUUUGUCAUUGAAUUUUGUAGUCUAAAAAAGGAAAAAAAGGCAUUGAAAUUACAUCUUGAAAGUACUUAUUUCUCCCAAUUUCAUAAGAAGAAUCACAUAGAUGGAGGUUCUGUUGAAGGCUAAAUUCAUCUGACUGUGAUUUAAGUUGAUGCUUGAAAGGAUGUUAUGAAGUCAAGAUGGCAGAGGAAUGAUGUUUCACUGAUAAGGAAAAAGCAAAAACUGAGCAUCUGGAGUAAGGAAAUUGUUAGGGAAACCAUUCAAAUGUAAUUUAAUAUGUAAAAUAUGAGAGGCUGCUAAGAGGAAUUGUAUGUAUUUGUGCAGGUCAGUAAGUUGCUAAAGAAUUAAAAUGUACAACAUGUGAUCACAGGUAUUAAACCUGUUCUGGUGAUUUCAUUAAUUAUGACUGAUUUCAUUGGUGAUAACAGGUAGUGCUUUAGAUAUGGUAAAUGCUAUUCCUUUGGAUUAUUGUAAUGCACAAACAUAUUUUUUUUUUUUUUUUUUUUGGUAUUUGAGAUUGGCCCAUAUAUUUACUGGUAAUAGAGCUGGCUAAAUUGACACGGACAAGUACUUUUUCUUUCUAAACAUAUUUUACCGGAUAUCCUAAAGGAUUUUAGUAUAAGACGUUGUUUUACUGUCUCCAUUUUCUUUUUCUUUUUAAAUAGAAUGAAAUUAAAGGAGACUAAUGUGAACAUUGUACAAUAACUAUUAUCAUAGCAUUCUUAUUACAGGUCAUUUUUAGUGUUGAUUUAGAUCCAUAUAAUUUAGAAUUGUUCAAAAGUUCCAUUUAUAUAUUUAAAAAAACAGCCAAGGUAAGAAUAUGUUACAAAGAAUAUAUAGCUGAAUUAAAACAAACUUAAAAUCUGAAGUACAGUUAAGUAAAAAAAGGAAAGAAAAGUUAUCUGAAUCUUAUAAGCUAAAUGUAUUUUAAUGUUACUCGGCUUUGUAUAAACAUGUACUUACAAAUAUAUUAUGAAGUACAAAAAUAAUCAGCAUACUCUCCAUUGAUUUUGUAAGUGCUUCAUGUGUGUCAUACUAUAUUAUAUUUUGUAUAUACUGCUAAUUGACUGGCUUAAAUAGUUGAUAAAUAUUCUAUUAAAACAACAAUGCUUUCAGCUAACCACACUCGUUAUACACAUCCUCCACAUGACAAAAUUAUAGUAUUACCUUACUAACGAAACUGUAAUACAAAGUGUGGAUUGAACUUAAUUUUGUAUUACUUAACGGCAUGCAUAUUCUCCCAUUUUGUUGGCUGGCUGUCUGUGAUCAUUAUAAUUACUGCUUGAUAGUUAAAAAAUGAGGUUUCUCACAAUGAAAUAUGAUAGUCAGAUAAUCUUAGAAGCAAAUGUAUAGGUUUUUUGAAUUGUAUGAGACUACUUUGUAGAUUGCUUUUGGAAUGUUGUACUUGUUCGCUAAGAAACAAUAUAUUUUAAUAUAUGAAAAUAUAUAUGCAGAAGGAAUAUGAAUAAAACUAUUUCUAUGGAAAAA